AUGGCACCUAUACCUCGGGGCUCCCUUCCGCGGAUCAUCUUAUACCACCAGACCGUCAACGACCCAGAGGGAAAGCCAAUCUCGAUUUUACCUCUGAUCACGCGGUCCGACAUCGCUGUGACGCACCUAAUCGUUGCGGCAAUACAUAUCAAUGAAGACCCCAGUGCGAUAACACUCAAUGACCACCACCCCUCGGAUCCCCGGUUCGCCACGCUGUGGGCAGAACUGCGCAUAGCCCAGGCCAGUGGUGUAAUGGUGUUGGGAAUGCUAGGCGGCGCCGCAAAGGGCUCCUACGCGCGGCUCGACGGAGAUGAAGCCACGUUCGAGGAGUACUACGGCCCAGUCCACAACCUCAUACGAGAAAGGGGGCUGAACGGCCUUGAUCUUGAUGUCGAGGAGCACAUGUCUCUAGGAGGGGUCAUUCGACUGAUAGACAGGCUCCGUGCAGAUUUCGGUCCUCACUUCCUCAUCACCCUGGCGCCGGUCGCCGCUGCGCUCCUGGACCCUCGGCGGAACCUCAGCGGCUUCGACUACGAGGCGCUGGAGGUGAUGCGGGGCAAGGAGAUCGCGUGGUACAACGCGCAGUUCUACUGCGGCUGGGGCGACGCCAGCAAUCCUUUGAUGUACGAAAUGUGCAUUGGUAAGGGAUGGAGCCCGGAGAAAGUGGUGAUGGGACUUGUCACGACACCGGAGAACGGCCCGGGUUGGGUGCCUUGGCAAAUACUCGGCCGGAAUCUCACCUUGCUGAAACAACGAUUUGCCAACUUUGGCGGUGUCAUGGGAUGGGAAUAUUUCAACAGCUCUCCGGGCGGCAAAGAGAAGCCCUGGGAGUGGGCUCAGCGGAUGACACAGCUGCUGAGAGACGAUGCAAGUUCUGAGGUUCUCCGGGAGAUUGAUGCCAGCGUUGAUAGGCACAAUCAGCCAGAAAUCACAAAGGCAGAGGCCUUGGCGCUUGAGGCAGACCCGGAUGUUAAGUCGUCGGCGCAGGGACCUCCAGUUCCUGCUGAGUUCCAGUAUUACUCAGACAGCUCCAGCGGGGAGGAGUGA